CAUCAAGUCUCCGACAGUUGCGCCUGGCCAGGAAUGGUCUCCCUCGCUCGAACUAUACGCUCCAUCCGCAGGGUCGGUCUGAAGGAAUGGUGGCAUCAGAUGCAGUAUAUCGGCGAUGCCAAGUCGGGGAAGUUCAUGGGCAGGGACCAGUUCGGAAACCGCUACUUUGAGAACCUGAAUGCGGAGGAGGAAGUCCCUGGUCGUCACCGAUGGGUUGACUUCUCGCAGCAUGACUUCAAUGCCACCCAAGUCCCACCCGAAUGGCACGCAUGGUUGCACCAGAUUCGCAAGGAUCCUCCCCCCGAAGACCGGAUCAUGCAGAACCUCUCUCCUCCGUGGAAGGCACCGUACCACGAGAACUUGACCGGCACGAGGGGCGCGUACAAAUCUUACAACACGACGAAGCCCAAAUACGAGGCUUGGGAGCCGAAGGUUGCUCAGCGGGGUGCAUAGACACGACUGUACUCUCCGUCCGGAUAUAAUACACUGUUUUACUCCUUUGCU